AUGAAAUAGUAUAUAGAAGUUGGUUAUGCUCUUUCAAAUAGAGUUAAAUGUUAGAAUUGUCUUUAGAACAUAAUUAAAGAUGAUAUAAGGAUAGGUCAUGUAUUAACUAGACCUCCUGGAUUAGGUUUUGAUAAGAAAAUAUGGUAUCAUUUAAAUUGUCUUACAUCAAUAAAGGGAGAUCGAAAUCAAGAUUUAGAUAUAGUUAAUAUACAUGGAUUGAAAGAAGAGGAUUAAAAGAAGGUAAGAUAGAAAGUUGAAUAGAUAAAGAAGAGUAGUUACUAAAAAAGUAUAAAUUAUAUAUAAAUAUUUUUGUAGAGGAUUAAAAGGAAGUGAAAUAUUUGUCAAAACAAGAACAUUUUUAAAAUUAUGUUAAAAUUUAAAGGGAUUUACAUUUUAAUUAAAAACUACGUUAAUAGGCAAUGUUUUUUGAGAAAAUAGAUUAACCUGAGGAAUAAUGGUGA